AUGUCAACUAUUUUACCUUAUUUGAUAAAUAAAACCAACAAUAUUUUAUUGUUGAGAGGAGAUGUGGGAAAAGCAAAGCCUUCUGUAUCAGAUCUACCUGAUUCCAGUUAUUAAUAUGGGAAGAAGAUAAAUAGAGAUGGGAUUGGGAUGAAAGAAAUUACAUCUGAUUGGCAGUAUGGGAACACUUCGCAUCAUAAAAAGUCAAAGACUGUAAAUUUGCCAGAAGAUACUUUUGUUUAUGGACUCAGGAACAAACCUUCAACUCCUUUUGGGAAUGUAAUGAAAAUGAAUUAUGGAAAUGAAGCAGCAGAUUUUAUAGAGAAUAUAUAUCGAAUGAGGAGUUAACGAAUCCCUAAGAAGCAGAUUAUACAAAAGAACAGAUCAUAUUCUUUGAGAUUAGAGCAUAAUACCAAAAAAAAAGAAGAGGAAAAUAAAAUCGAAAAUAUAUUAAUUAUGAUUUCUAUAUUGAGAAAUUAGCAAUUAAAUUUUGUUAGCAGAUUCUUCAAGACAACUUUGCUAUAGUAGCCUGCUAUGAGAAGGAGAACAAUUACUCCAAUAUUUCCACCACCAGGAUACAACUUAGCCAUACCAGAUUGGCCAGUCGAACAAUUCAUGUUAAGAAUCGGAAAGGGCUGCUCCGAUUAUGGAGAUAAAUUUGAAAAGCUGACUGAAUUAUUUGAAGCAGAUAGAAUAUAAAUGAAAGAGAAGGGCAUACCUCCAAAGGUGAGAAAAUAUAUAUUUUCAAUCAAAGAGUAAUUACGUAGAGGAAAAGGAGAACAUCAGUCACGAAUACCUAAGAAAAAGGCAACAAAAAAAUGAGUUUAUAUUAUCAUAUAGGUUUUAUGAGCAAACAGACAAUUA